AUGGACGACCACGAGCAACCCAGUAGCUCAAACACGAUGGUUCCAGGAGGCUUGUCCUGCACUGCCUGCCAACUUCUUCCCGAGGGGUAUUCCCGUAAAGUAUUCAAGCACGCACAUGGCUUUGAGGAUGACUGGAAGCCGCCAGUCGAGUCCGAUGAGGAGCGGUACCGAAUUCCCGAGACUCUUCGCGAUAAUGCUCUCAAUGAGUAUCUUGAACUUGCACGCAGGACUCGCCUUUUCGCUGAUCCGGAAUUCCUCAACGUUAUGUCUUGGAGAGAGAAAAGAACCCUGCUGCGAAAUCUCGAGUGUAUCGAGCAGUACUACUCCCUCCUUUCAUUCACCCAAGAGCGACAAAGAGGCCGGCUAAUCGACGAUGGAACGGAUUAUUCUUACACUACGACACCAGUCAGAGCAUGUGUGAAUAUCUCUGAAGAGGUCGGUGUGACUAUACAAGUCUGUAGAGCCAUGUCCGUACAAGAUGGAAGAUGGUAUCUAGGACAUCGUCCUGGCACCUACAUCUUCAAGUAUCAUGGCUCUCAGAUAGCAGGAUCCGACUCAGACACUUUCAUGGAUGCUCGUGGCUACAUCUCGAAUAAUUUUGAGUAUGCAGGCCAAAUACCCCGACUUGAAGAGGUGCAAAAACAACGACUGAGGCUACUAUUCCCCAAAGUGCUAAGAUUGUUCAUCAGCGAACUUCAGGUUUUUGCAGGCUUACAACAUGGAGAAACGUAUCCGGAACUCGAGGAGAUGCUCCUUGAGAGGGUUGAAUCCGCCACGUCGUUUCAUCAAGUCUGGAACUAUUGGAUGAAUGCCAACGUGAAUGGCACCGAGUGGCCAGACGCGGAAGUGCGAAAUUGUUUUGUAUCCCAUCCUAACAUACUGGAACUUGCUUGGAUUCUAAACUAUCUUAAACGCCGAAAUUCAGGAGAAGGCCAGCCACCAGAACCUCUGGAACUGCUUAUGAUCUCUGCCACACAAAAACAGUUACCUGAACUUGCAAGCCUAUGGGAGGACAGGGAACAGGCAUUGGCUUGGAAUAUGCUCAAGUCAGGCAAACGAACGGGUCUCUUUGUAUAUGAAGUUACACGUGAAACUGAGGACAUUCACAACUUCUAUAGCCAGGCACAGUUCAGCGACGACCCUCUCAACCCGGCCGUUGCCCAUUCAUUCACACCUCUAUUGAGCUACCAAGUCUCGGCUGCAGAUUAUCAAGAGGGCUUGUCGGAGGAUCCUGACGCAUCGCAGUCUUAG